CUCUCCCCGACGACACACGAUUCAGUACUUCAAGGAUCGUAUUCUUAAACACUUCGCCUAAGCACACAUAACUGACAAGGCUUUCGUAGGCGUUUUGAACAUUUCCAGCGGUAGCUUCUGACCCUGGUGGUAGUCUGACCCUUCUUCUGUCAAUGAACGUGAAAAAACACUCACGAGAACCCAAUUGCCCUCCUUUUCGGCCUCUGGAAGGAGUUGAAGUGAGGGGCGGAAGGAACUGAGAAUGCCGAUCCAAGCGAGUACACCAACUCUGAGUUCAGCCCUAUGCAAUGUCACCUCCAAGCUCCCUAGAACCCUUAACACGAAUCCGAGGUGACGUGCUGAAUCCCAACACAUACAGUACACGGAAUGGCUCAAGACCCUUCCGUAGCUAACACAAAAAGCAGGAUGACCAACACCUCCACCAUCAAGAGGAAGCGGGGACCAGAGAGUGAAGGCUGCGGGGUUGGGGGUCUUCAGCUGCUCUCAUCCCCGGCAGCGAAGGCAACCAGGAGGCCCGUGCUGAGUGGCUGCCUUCGCCUGGACGUGGGGGAGGGAAACAAGGUGCAGGGCUUCGUCAGGGGCCAGCCGUGCACCCUCCAGCUAGACUCCGGAUCAAGCAUGAGUUUCGUCUUUCAUAGCCAGGCGGAGAAGCUUGGUCUCCUGACGGGGGCGGAGGAGAUGGUGACCGCUAACUUGAGUCUCUGGGAAGGCACGGACCAGGUGGAUCUGAUCAGCCUGAAGGAGGUUUUCAUUUCCCUUCAUGGAGGUCUGGAGAUCGAAACUGAUUUCCUCGUUCUGCCGAAGACACUCGAGGAAAGCUAUGAUGACCCUGAGGUGUUAAUCCUGGAUGUUAAUCUAUUCCGUCGCGGUGGUUUGGUUCAGACGUUUUCAGAAGCGCGCGCCAUGAAAGCCAGCAGCCUCUACAUCCGCCAGCCGCAGCAGCUCCGACAGAGAGGCAGGGACAAGCAGGAAAUGGAGCAGGUGUUAACUUUUACCGUCCGGCGUCAGACCCAAGGACCAGACCUCACCGUAUUGAUUGACACAGGCUCCGACGGCUUCUAUGUGUCCGAGAAAUACCUUGAGACCAUGACAAGGACAGAAUCAAACGCCACAAAGGUCCCGAAGAGGGUUUCCAUUGAGAUUGGCGGAGGGAGGCGUCUGGAGAGUGAGGAGGUGGAGGUCGCCCCGCAGGACAUCGUGGACUUCGUGAUGGGCGAGCAGCUGCUGUACAAAUAUAACGCCGUGGUGGACUACAGCAACAAGACCGUCACCUUCACUGUUGACGGGGAGCACCUGCGGCUUAACCUGAGCUUGGAAGGAGGUGCUGGUGCUGUAAGGAGGACUGACGAGCCUGAUUUUACCGGUGGAGACUUUCUGUGCUUCCUAAAGUCCAAAGAUACAAGUAGAAUGCGGCAGAGGGAACGCGACAACAAAACUCCCAGGCAUGAUACAGUCGAUGUUCCAAAGAUCCACAACAGCGAGGUAUUUUGCGAGUUUGAUUUCAUCGGUGGAGUUUCUAUGCUUUCUGAAGACCACGGACAUUAGAGUGAGAGUAUGUGAGCUUAGUGACAAAACUCUCAGGCAUGAUACAGUCGAUGUUCCAAAGAUCCACAACAGCGACGUAUUUUACAAGCUUGAUUUCACUGAUGGAGAGUUUUUGUGCUUUCUGAAGACCAAGGAUAAGAGUAGAGUGAGGGAGAGGAAGCACAGCGAUAAAACUCUUCCGUAUGAUGUAGCUUCUGUUCCAAGGAUCCACAGCGGGAAGGGAUUUUACGAGUCUGAUUUCACCGAUGGAGAGUUUUUGUGCUUUCUGAAGACCAAGGGCAUGAGGAGAGUGAGACAAUGGGAGCCCAGUGACAAAACUCCACCUCAUUAUGAAGCUUAUGUUCCAAAGAUCCCAAGAGGUGAGGUAUUUUACGAGUCUGAUUUCACUGAUGGAGAGUUUCUGUACUUUCUGAAGACCAAGGGCAUGAGUAAAGUUAGGGAGAGGGAGCGUUAUGACAAAACUCUCCCUUAUGAUGUAGCUUAUGUUCCAAGGCUCCACAGUGGCGAGGGAUAUCACUACCGGCAAAGACCUCACAGCUUUUACUCAUCGUCUUCCUUAAUUAAAGAGAGAGAGAGAGAGCAACAAUAUGUACAGAGACAAAUGACCGGUAAGCAUUCAGGCUAUAAGUCGUUAAGCAAGGUGCUGGGUUUCGUUACAAGGAACAUAAGCAAUAGAGCCUUUAAAGUCAUCCUCAAGCUAUAUUUAUCAUUACUUGGACCUCAUCUCGAUUACACGGUUCAGCUUUGGUCUCCUUUUUUUAGAAUGAAUAUCAAGAUGCUAAAAUAAUUGCUUACGAGGAUGAUAAAAAUGUUUCAUGUGUUGAGAAACUUGUCAGAUAAAUACAAACUUUAACAUCUAAGUUUGCAUUCUCUCGGAAGGCGAAGUGUGCGAGGAACCUUGAUCGAAGUUUAUUAAUGGAUGAAAGGCUAACAAAGGUGACAUUGAUAAAGUUUUGGUGGU